UUCAGUUUCGUUCGAACCACGGCUCGGUCCAGAAGCAUUCUAGCAUUCAGUCGUCGGUUUUGUAGUGGCCAUCGAACACCGUCGUCGUAGAGUUGUCGUCCUCGCGUCUCAGUCGAUCGUCGGAUUAGUCGACAGGCGUACGCGCGCGCGCGAAUUCGUGUUCGCGGAGUUUGGGGUCUGAUCGGUGUUGUGCAGAGGAGCCCAGCUAAAUCGAAUUGGGCUCGUUGAUCGGAGUCAUGUGUUGAGAGAGGUGUGAAAGGGAAAAAAAAGGUCACAGAACUAACAAUUGUUGAGUUGCGACGCUGGGCUGUGGUAUUUUCGUCUUUCGACAAGUGUUGUUUCUUCUUACUGUAUAAGGUGUAUUGUUGCCAGAGUGGUUGCAAGCGAAGCAAGCAAGUUAGAGUUCAGUGGGUUAUAUUGUGACCCCAGAGAUUUACUGGAAGCAGCUUCGGUGGGGGUGGGUGUGAAGAGAAGACCACGUGUAUGGGGCCGUUAUUUCGCAUCGAUAACUACAGCGGUGCGCCCCCAGGUGUGUGCAUUAUGAUGCCUAGCAAAGUUCGAAGUGUAAUAUAACGCGUGCGAAUAUGCAAUCGUCAAUUACGCGGGCGUGAGAAACUAAAAUUGAACGGUUCUUAGUGUCGAGCCGCAGUCAGUAGCAGAACAGUUUCACAACCGGUAAGCUGCAACGUAACGCAUCUCCAAUGAAUGAUCCAAGCCCGGUGUCUGAAGAGAAUGAACCCAAACAAGAUUUAAAAUCAAGUGCCGUGCAAACGAAAAUUUAGGUGGAAACGAAGAUAUUUUAUAUAGUGCAAAGUGUUUAUCUCUCAAAAAAAAAGUCUGAAUUAAAAGCAACGAAUUAUACAAAUCGAAUCCAACAGAAAUUGAAGAAAAUGUAUCCACCGAUCCUAGUGUUAGUGUUAGCUUUAGUUACCUUCUCCAAGCAGACACUCUCGUUGGAGACGCUACUGCAACUGGACUCCUUUGACGGCGGCGACGUCGAUGGGGCAGUCGGCGCAGGAGGCGAUUUUUCUAGUCCACUUUACGAAGACACCUACGGUCCGGAUCCAGAAGAAGACCGUAAUCUCAACAACUAUCAACAGCCAGCGAUAGUGUUGGAUGAUAUCUACUAUAGAGUGACGCCCGAUGCGGGUGAAGAAAGUGAAGGUGGCAAGACCUCCGUGAGUACAAGUAGUUCAACGACCUCUACGCUUAGUAUUCCGCAAGAGUCGAGUGAAGAACAACUGUCAGCGACAGAUCGUAGUGCCAGUACGGUUGGAAGCAAUAUUUCCGACGAUAUCAUAACAGACAGUGGGGGUAAUGUCAGUGUAGCGCAGCCGUUUGUCGGUGAAGAUCUGCUGGAACCAUUAUCGAAUCGUAGCCGUAGCUUGGAUCAUGACACCGCUGAUUCCCUGCAGUCAUCGACAAUACUGGACACAAGCUUGACAAGCAACUUCCUGUACACAAGUCACUACAAUGACAGCACCGAUGGUGGCAGUGCGGAGCGAACGUCCGACGACACGCUGGACAACGGGGAAGAUGAUCAACUGUCGCUUGCGACGACAACCGCUAUCUCUCCGUUAGCUAUCCCGGACGAUGUGUCAUCGGUGAUUACACCGACGAAGCCACACUUUGACGAGAGCAAAAUCUCCAAGAGCGAGCUGCUGGCACGGAUGAUCGCCGACAAAAAUCUUCGAUUGCCGAUUGCCAUACUGAUGGAUACCUGUAACGAAUCGCUCAGCUACUCGAAGAAGGUGUUCGAUUCAUCGCUUGUACCCAGGAGCCCUCUGGAAGUUAUCCUGAUGCGGUACAAUAGCACAGGUAUCGCAAAAUCAACAAGUUUCCGUAACACUAGAUCCCUCAUGGAUGCCAUAAAUUCGUUGCAACCAUCAUACGAGAACAGUGGUCGUGCUUACUACGGUAUCUUACGAACCUCUCAGGAAAUUCCUUACGACAGUGCCAUAUUUCUGGCGACAUCGAACACCGCCACCGACAAAGAGCUCUCCCGUAUGGCGGCUUUAACGUUACUUAAGAAACGAAUUCGUCUCUACGUUAUAUGGUUUGGCGACGAGGUGGACACUAACUUGUCCGAUCAGCACCUGGACAGUCAAACUGGGUUGCAUGAACUGGCAUACAAGACAGGCGGUCGGGUUAUCCGAUUCGAACUCGAUCGCCACUUUGGCAACAACCCCGUACUGACCACCCUCGUGUCGGAGAGCGAUCUUCACGGGCACCAGAGCAUCCCGAUCCCAGUCGAAGAGGACGUCAACAGUUUGUACUUUAAGCUGCACGGAGCACUGGAUACGGCAACGCUGCGAACGCCAAAUGGAUACAUAAUCGAUCUGCUCCUCAAUACUGUAUCCCAGGAAACCUCUGGAUCUGAUCAGGUCCCUCCAAAUCCAUCCCACAUUCCCAAACCAUCGAUUAUCGCUACAAAUCGGUCUACCGCUUUGGACCAUCACACUCGUAAAAACCAGACGGUGCCACCGAUUCAGGAUUACCUCUUCAUUGUCAGCCGAGUCAACACAUCCACCUCCGGAAUAUAUUAUCUGAACGUGUCGGUAAUAGACGUCCCAUAUCCGGCGACCCAGCUCCCCACAUCGGAACCGGGCGUCAACAUUUCCACCAUCAAUAGUUCCUUCAGCGUGAUUGUCAAGGCAGACUACGACAUGCGUCACGGAAUUGAGUUUCUAGAACUGGGCGAUCCGGAGCUGGAGCGACGCUUUGACGAUCCCAGCAAUGAUGUGGACUUUGUAUCGCCGCGAGGAACUGGUGGUGGCAACAGCAACGCGGAAGGUCGCCACUCGUUAUCAGCCCGCAAGCAUACGCGUCAAACCGAGUCACAGAUUUUGGCCGAAAGCGAAGAAAGUGGAUUCAUUGGAAGGGCUGCAACGAUUCAGUCCGUUACUAAGAUCGAUUUGGGUCUGAACUCGCAACUGACGGGACCACGCGGCACCACCAUCACGCUGAUCUUCGAAGUGACCAACUUCCGUCAGACACCGGUGUUCUACUACUUUCGGGUGACGGACGAACUGGGAUUCCUGCGUUCGCUCAAUCCUGGAUCAGCUACGAUCGGCCCGUUACAAACGAUACAUGUUGCGGUCACGGUGAUUAUCGGUGUGAACGUGGAAAUCGGAACGCGAGAUAAGAUCACCUUCAGCACCGAAGGUCCAGAUCGUAUUUCGCAUUCGGCUUGGGUCACAGUUACGGAAGCUUCAGGAAUACCCGACGCCUACAUGCCUUCAGUAUGGUACACCUACACAAGUCGAUGCGAGGGUCGGAGCGACCCCGGACGCUGUGCUGGGGCAUUCUGGACAGUGGACGUCACGGCGCGAGAUUAUGAGACGGGCCUACUGAAGAUCGCGUCGAAUCCUGAUGGGCUGGUUUACAGGACUCAGUUCACUGCGGGUACAAAGGAAGAAGUGAAAGGCAGCUACACUGCGUCCUGCUGCCAGCCAAUGGUUACCAUUUCGGCGUACGAUGUCACUCGAAAUGUACGAACCAUCAACCUGGACGUCCGAGAUAUUUGGUUGAACGAAGCGGGAAUCGCUGCCGUGGUGCUCGGCGUGCUGUUGCUAAUCGCUUUAAUUAUUCUCUUGGUAUUACUUUGUCGGUACUGCAUUAAAAAGCGCCGUUCCAAGGAAUUGCCGAUUUAUAGAGGAGAGUUAAGAGAAAGGCGAACGUAGAUUUUUCUCCAUUAAGAGCAAUAAAUUGGACAGAGCAAAUAUGACCUCAUUAACGAUGCCAUUUCCUACAAUAGAUUUCGAGUAAUUCUUGCAUUUAAGAUAGUUCUAGUUGCCAAAGGUGUCGGUCUAAGUCAAGAACAAACUAAAUCAGUAUUCGUGUAGAAAACAAGAUUAUGCCAAAAGUAGGUUGUAAAUAACAUGUAAUUUGUAGAAUAAAAUAUAAGUCAAGAUUUCAA